AUGGGGUGCGCGUGCAAGUUCAUCCAAGGAAGCAUUACUCCACCUCUACCGCCUAGUUACAUCCGUGAUAGAAAUUCUGUUGCGCCACCGUCAUCUGCUCUAAAAUCCAAUCCAGUGUUGCUGCCUUCGCUUAGUCUCAAGGCCUCACAAUCUCACGCUCAUGGACUGCCUUGGAAACGGUUUAAUGCAUAUACUAUCCUGCUGGACAAUGGCGGUUGUGACUCUGGCAACAAAAACGGCGGCGGCGGCGGCGGCGGCUGGAAUAAUCCAUUUGAGUCAUCCUCAUGGUGGUGGCAUGACGAAGGUAGUUCCUUUUCGGGUUCUUCUGGGCAUCACCCGUUUAUCUUCUUAUCCUUCUUCUUCUGCUCUGUGGGGUGUUGCUUCUGCCACCUCCGAUUGGCUUAUGCGCUGGCAUCAUCAGAGGAGUGUGAGCCUGUGUGGGAAGUGAGGGGAGGCAACUGGACCAAGCUUAUUCCUGAUUUUGUUAAGGAUGCCUUUGUUGUUGCUCAUGAAGUUGGUUUUGGUUCAUUAAGUGUUGGGAAUCUGUGGUUACAAUGCAAACAUCUGCUUAUGCGAUUGAUGCUCCCAGAAGGCUAUCCCCACUGCGUUACCAGUGAUUACUUGGACUACUCUCUAUGGAGAGGAGUUCAGGGGGUCGCCAGCCAAGUUAGUGGUGUCCUUGCCACUCAGGCAUUGCUUUACGCUGUUGGAUUGGGGAAAGGGGCUAUUCCGGCCGCUGCUGCUGUCAAUUGGGGUGGAGGUUGUUUGCUGAUCUUCUUGAAAAUGCUGCCUUUGGAAUGGAAAUACUCACUCCUGCAUUUCCCCAUCUUUUUCUUUUAA